AUGGACAAACAUGAUCGCUUUAUCGGUGAGAUUUUUGCUUGUGAAAUCGUGUCCUUGAAAGACUACGACAUGUUUUGUUACGUUCUGUUUUUUGCUCACGAUUUCCAUAUUUCUUAUUUGUCUUCAUAAUCUUACAAAGCUUGGUCUUGUUUAUGUAACCACAGUGAAAACAUCUACUAAUCAUACGAUCUUAAAAUCUUGAUUGUUUUUUGGAUGCUUUUAAAGCUUUCGCUGUAUAUCGUUAACACUAAUGUUAAUUUCUACUUCCCUCCAUAGCCAUCAACCAAACGCUACCCGGGCUGGAAGACUUUCUGAAAGUGGUUCUGGGUAGCGAACCUUUGAGCGAAGAAGCGGAAAGACAACGAAUUGAAUUUCUUAGAAGGCUAGAAAGUGUUUCGAAGCCUCCUUCGCUGCCGCCAAGACCUGCACAUUUGAGUGAACGUUAUCGAGCGCGUGUCCAGCAAAAUGAACUCAACUAUUCCGGAAGCGCUCUACCCGCUGAGGAAGGCAACCUUUAUAAAAACGAAAAGACGUUAGACCCCGUUGAAUUCGCUUCGCAACAACGUGAAUUAUCAAGGGUUACGAAUUUAUACAAGACUUAUUUACCACAAACUGUUGUGUUGGGCGAGAAAGGAAGCAAAAAUGGUGGCUUGUAUUUUCCAAAAACAGGGAAUACAACGUUCUCCAGGGUAAGUUUUGUUUAAAAAAUUUCCUUCGAUAUUUUUUUAUUAUUCAGAGUAUUUCAUUCAAAAUGGACUCAAGUAAUGAUUUUAAAACUACCUCACGUGUACGUGACUAAAUUUAGUAUUCAAAAGAAAGCCAUACCAGUAUGCGCUUUCAUGCAGCGAAAUCAGUCAUACCGGACACAAAAUUCGCCCGUACAGUAAGCUUCUUUCCUAGCUCGUGUAUUUUUAAUUAGAGACCCCGUUUACGGUGAGAAAUCUAUGGAAAUGUUCCGCUAUAUGUUCAGUUUGCAGCAAUUUGACCUCUUGUGACAUAGCCUUUCGGCGUUGUAGCCGCUGGUGUGUGGAGUUUUGUUUGAUAAAGUUAUCGCGUGAACUUAAUCAUCCAUCGAUCGCCGACCGUUCAUUGCAGUUGUAGAUUUCAUUGCUGAUAAGGAACAAAGUGCGUAUGAGAGAUCUAUAAAGCGCCAUUUUGUCAUUCCCAGUUGAUUUCUUUGAAUGUAUUUUUAUGGUUUUUCUCUGCGAUGUUGAAUCACUAUUUAAACAAUUGCGUUGAAAAUAGCAUCUAGCUAGAUCCUUUCUUUAAAACGGACAAAAGAUCUUUUGUCCAAGAAACUAUCAAUAUGCUAAAUUUCAUUGUGUGCCGGUUGUUUAGCACAAUGUAUUAUUUGAACCUUCUACUGAUAAUUUUUCAUGAAAACUCGAUAUUACUUUCAGCAGUACAUCACAAACGCCUUCAAAAAUGCUGCAUUCAUCUUGACUGUAAAAUUAUGAAGGUCUCCUCAGAAUUAGCUUGUUUUUAUCUCAUCUAUUAAUAACUUGAUUAUCAAAAGUAGGUUCUUUUUUCAGGAUCAUUUACUUUGCUAGUAAUAAAUAAUCAUAUUUUUGAUGCACGUUUUUUAAACCUCUGUCUUAAAUUUGUGAGCAGUUAUCUUUCAAAUGCCAAGGUAUUUCCGCAACAAUAACAUCAUUUGAUUUGUUCAGUGUUGCAAAAUCAAUUUUAAAACAUCAAUUAGUGGCUUUUGAUUUCAGUUUUCAGUGUUUGAAAGAAACUGGGUGGUAAAAUAAGUUAACUGAAAACUUUCUUUUAGAAUCUCAAGGAUGUUUUAUCAAUGUCAAGAUCCUUAUGUACCAUCCUGUAAUACUAGAUUUGUUACAUGGAUUUUUUUGUUUUCACAGAUUAUUUCACAGAUUAUCUUAGGGAAUGUAAACUCAAAAUUACAGAAAAACGAAACAAAUUUCAUUUUGUUAUACUGGAAAACAAACGCUUCCAUAUAAAAGCUCUGCUAACAAGGUUUCAUUUGAAUGGUCACAAUCCAGGAUUUUGUCUGCAGACUCUGAUGGUAGAAUUCAUUUGAUGUUGCGGCAUUUGAUUCAAGGAGUAGAAGCCAAAGGGGUUAAAUGGAACAGAUAAGCAGAUUAAAAAACUUCAAAGGUCUUUUUACAAAAGAGGUUCAAUAAGCUCUUCAGAUUUUCAAUCAAAUUUUGUUCCUGUUUUAGAUACCUUUAUCAUGCCUAAUCAAAGAAAUUGGUGUUUUUCAACUCAGUCAGUUUAUGGAUAGGCCUCCCUGAAGAGAAAAGACAUGUAGAGCUGAUAAUUUGUGUCGUAGGCUGUCAUCUUGACAAAUCCAAGUUCUACAGCAAGUAAACAUCAGUUCUUGAAUCUCUAUAAAAAUCCAAUUCCUGUUCUAAACUCGACAAGCACUGUAGUUGUUUUCGAAGGUGCCUAAUUUAUACCUAAUGUAUAUGUGUGUUACUUGAAAUCUUUCUUUGGUUUGAAAUUUUUUAUACCAGUUUAAAUGUUUAUAUUCAUUUGUGUCUGGUUGUGGUACAAAAAUUUCGCUUGUUUGUAUAAAUAUAAACCUCAAAAUUAUCAUUGUACUUUUAUCUUAUGUUCAUAUGUGAAAACUAACACGACUCCAAAUUCUCUUUUGAUAAUUUUUAAGAGUCCCUUAAAAACGUUUGAAGUUUCUGGUUAGGAAUAUUAUUCAGUCAUGCAUAUUUGGUGGUUGGUAUGUAUUGUGUUUCAAGAGUUGGACAUUAAAGCAUCUCGAAUGUUUGUAAAUGUUUCCGUUCAACGACACUAUGCAAAUGUGAAGUCAAGUACUCAUUGUUGUCUCGUCAAGACUCAUCUGCAGUCCUUGUCUUUUCUGUAGACUUUUCACCCUGAUUUCAUAAACUGUGACACCUUAAACCAUUUACAUCCAGAAAAAAUUAAUCGUAACUUUAAAUAACUUAGUCUACUCCACAUACUGCGAAGGUCAAUCUCUGAUUUGUAUGCAACAUUGCAUCUCUUAAGCGUUCUAUAAAAAGUAAAUUCAUCACAAGACGUAAUUUAUCAGUUGACUGCAAUUCACUGUUCUUUUGUAAAACUUUCACCUCCUCAUUAUGAAAACAGAAUGCAAUCAUUGUUGUUUACAUGUAAAUCUAGGCUGUGAACAUCAUAGAUUGUGCAUGUAGUAACCCGAAGUGACAGGGCAGAUUUACAUGAAGCAUUAACCCUUUGUUGCAUUUUCAGUUAAAAUGACCUUCCUUUAAUACUAGCAACACUUGCUCCUACUUUAAUCAAGAUAGUCUAUUUAACUGUUUUGAAUCGAUUUGCAUUGUUGACCAGUGUUCUCUUACCAAGGUCAUGCCUUGGGCAUUUAAACUGCAAACAACUAAUGGAGGCCUCAAUUAAACUCUUCUUUGUGUUAACAGCAGACUUGGCUCUGCAAUCCUAGAUUUGUAUCAAACUGCAACUUUUUUUUCAGGUUCACUUCAGUGUUUAUAAAAUAAGGAUUUAAUCACUGUUCUUGACAGUCUUUCUUGCUAUUAUACCUACAUGUAAUAAUGUAAAAAACCUGAACUCACUUCUACUGUGCAUAAGUUCAGCUUUUGGACUCUUACGAUAUAUCACCAAUAAAUAUGAAGAGAGCCAUACCACAAGUAAAAAUGAUAACAAAACUUAUUUCAAUCAUCAGGCUUUAGUAAUACCCUCAAGAGUUACAAAAACUGGUUUUUACGGUGAUCAAAUUUAUCAAAAACAUACAAAGGGAGUGCUUGGAGCUGGGAUUAUAGCAAUAUGCAUUUUUAAUAAUAAAUUUUGUCUGGCUACAUUUACAUGUAUGUCUACUGAGAUUGGUAGUAAGAGCAAAUUACAGGAAUGUGAUUGUUGAGUAAGAAAGUGCUGGGCUGUUUCUAUGGCUGCAAAACUGCCAUGUUCGCCUUAAAUUGAUAUUGGAGUGUCAACUUACUUUUGAGCUUUACUCAGCCAAGUCAGAAUGAGUCGGUAACCAGCAAUUUUGAUUUGCAAUUCCAGUGAAAUAUUUGUUGCCUAUUCAGCACUAAUAAUAAUAUUAUAUGAAAUAUAUGUAAAUAAAAACAGCGUACAAAGAAAGUCGUGUCCGGUAGCUCGGGGCUAGUGGAUUUAGCUAUCGGGCUAGUGUUUUUUGUUCUUAACUUGCCCGACGGGCAAGUGCUGUUUUUUUGGGAAAUUUAAAUUACAGAAGGAUUUUUAUCAAUCCUGUCAAUCAAAAAGGGUUUGGGGGCUAGUUGAAAUGACUUGUGGGCUAGUACAUGCUAUCUACAGGUUGCCCGAAUGGCAGGCUAUAAAACUGACUUUCUUUGCACCCUGAAAAACCACACAAUGUUAGUCCUUUUCUGUCCGCUACUCUGGUUGUCACUUGCCCAUCAGCAAGUUAAGAACAAAAUUCACUUGCCCAAUAACAAAAUCCACUAGCCCUGGGCUGUCGGACACUACUUUCUUUGCACACUGACAGAGCUCUGUCAGUGUGCAAAGAAAGUAGUGUCCGACAGCCCAGUGCUAGUGGAUUUUGUUAUUGGGCAAGUGAAUUUUGUUCUUAACUUGCUGAUGGGCAAGUGAAGUUUUUUGAGGAAUUCAAAGUACAGAAGAACUGUGAAUCAAUUGUGCUCAUCAAAAAGUUUUCGGGGCUAGCUGAAAUGUCAUUUCGGCUAGUAAAUGCUAGCUUCAGCUUGCCCAAAUGUCAAGCUGUAAAAAUGACUUUCUUUGUACCCUGUCUGUCAAGGGGAUUUAAUUAUUAUUUUUUUAUUUCUGUAGAGUUAAGUGAUUUCAAUAAGAACCUUACAGUUGUGGAUAUACAGUACAUAUAUUGUGGGUUCAAAUUAAAUUUAGGUUAAAAUUUUUUAAUAUAGGUUCAUUCUCAAUCUCCUUUGUGUCUUAACGCCUUUAGGCCCGAUAUCAACAUGUCCUUGUAUAUUCUCCGUACUGCCCCCUAUAUGUUUCUUAUGGCACUGCUUGAGAGAAUUAGGUGAACAAACAUCAAGACAUUUCAUCAGUGCAAUGUUCCCAGCUGCGACCAUUUUGGUCGCCAUAGAGAGUAGAAAAAAAAUUUGGCGACUAAGCUUGCCGUGAAAGUUGCCGAUUUGGUGACCUAUGUUCAGCAAUCACGAGCCUAGCUAUUCCCAAGAAAUUCCCGAGAUUUUGCGUGAUGUUUUUUUCUUGUAGUUAGUGUUUAUGGUGUUUUUAAGCUACACUGCUUCUCUGGGAUUUAAGCCUUGAGAUGUUAUGUGCAUGUCCAAUUUAGAUUGUAAUGGUUAGGCAGCCAUUCUGAUUCUUUCAAAUGUUCAUGUAGUGUUGCAUGAAGUGUCCCUUUUUUCAGGGGACUGAUAGUUUCAGUCUGGUGACCAUUUUAUAAUUUUAGGUUGCCAAAAGUACUUUGAAAAAAGUUGAGCUUGGAGCACUGCAGUGCUGAUCAUUCCAUUCAUUCUCUUGACCUGUAUAUUUUAUGUGGAAGUGAUAUUGUUGGGAGAAAUUUGAUGGUGAUCAAUACUGGGACUUAGAGGGCUAAACCUAAUUCAUGAAUAAUUAGGCUCUGAUAGCAGGGUUCGUACAGGUCAUGGAAAACCUGGAAAGUCAUGGAAUUUAAUUGUUGAUCCUGGAAAGUAAUGGAAAAUAAAAGUUUUGUUUGAUAGAUAAGUUAAGUACUGCAGAUGACAAUGCAAUGACAAUGUAAGAUAAAGAGGAGUACAUUUAAUUAACCAGUGCAUAUGUCAUACAUUGUGGUGGACACCAGAGUUUGUGUCUGUUGAACUGUUUAAGGUCAUGGAAAAGUCAUGGAAAGUCAUGGAAUUUGAAGAGCUCGAAAGAGUACCAACCCUGUGAUAAGAACCCUCCCCCAAAUAAGGGCCCACCCCCAAGGCCAUAAUAUCAAAUAAGUUUCCCCAACAAAUAAGCACCCCUCCCCUCCCCCUCACUUUCUUAAAUAGGAGGGAUACAAGGAAAACCAGCUUCUAUUGCCACUGUAUGUUAAAUUUUCAGGCUUCUACUACAGUGGAAUUAGUAAAGGAGAAUAGUUUCUUUUCUGUCAAGUCACGUACAGUUUUUUUUAUAUCCAUGUGCUUGCAGAGUUCCUUUAUGUGCGUUAUCUCUUCUUUUAAUUUUUGUCCUAUUUCCUCGCUCCUGGUAAAUACCAUAAACUCCCCCGCAACAACUAAAUCAUUCUCUAGUUGCUUUAAAGCACCCUCCUUCGAAUAAGCACCCAUCCUUUUAGCUGAAAUUUGAAGAAAGUGCCUAGGCACUUAUUCAAGGAGAUGCAGUAAACCCUUCUCCUGUAAUGUGUGAUUUUUAACUGUAAAGUUUACGUUUUCCAGGAGAAUCUUAGAGACUCCAUCCAAAGUACAAGCAGUGCAGAAGAUGACAUCUAUGAACAUUUAAAAAGUAUUUCUCCUAAUCAACCAAUCACUCCAUUUGAAGCAAUCCCUGACUCUAAAAAUGAUGAUACAUUCGUAUAUCCAAGCCCUCCCAAGACUCCACAGGAACACACUGGAACUGGAAUUUAUGUGGGAGCUCGGCCCGGCAGCUUCAGGGCAUCUGCUGGGAAGGGAAAGAUCUCGACCGGAUGGUAAGGACAUAGAUUGUAACCUUUAGUAGCAAGUUAUACGUUAAUUAACUGCACCUUGUGGCAAAGUUUGAAGAAAAAAUGAAAAUUCAGUAAAAAUCAUGCAAUUACAUAUACCUUUUAAAAGAGAAAUUUAGAAUCAAAUUUCCAGCAAAUCGCCAAUGUCAGGUUUUGCCACAUGACAAUGUUUUCUCUUCACUUAUAGUGUACACUGGAACCUCAGUAUAACAAAUCUCUAUAUAAAGAUAUUAUUAAUUCCUAGGUAUAACAAGGGAUUUUGUUUACCCAAGGAAAAAUAAAAAAUAUGGAAAAGAGCCUUUAUAGAACAAACCUCUUCAUAGCGAAGAAAUUAUGCCCUUGGACCUUCGUUAUAUCGAGGUUCUACUGUGCACGCAAUAGGGAUUAUGUCUUGAAUGGUAGCAGAAGUGCUUAAAAAUCCUUUAUUAACAAAAGUUGUUAUACCUGUAAGCACAAAGGUUGUAAUAACAUUGAAAGUUCUGAUCAUCAUUUCUGCCAAAGUUGAGAACUUUGUUUUGAAGUACAAAGAUUUAACCUGUGAGCAAACAUACUAAAAGUUGCGUAAGAUCCAUAUUAAACCAGUAAUAUUGUAAGGAGAAAUGAGAUGAAAAAAAAGAUUGAUUAGUAGGCUUUACUGGACCGUUGCAGCUUUUAACUUUAUACUUUUGGUAACCUUCAACAGAAAAGAAUUUGCUAUAAAUGAAAGACACCAUCAAACCUCUAUUAAGUGACAGACAAUUGUCUGUAAGUCGCCUGAACAACUAUAAGUGGCUGUUUUCCCUUUCCCGAAAGAAAAAAAGUUGAUUUUAAUCUUUGCUACAUUGUGCAUGCAGGCAACGCGGCACUCAACUCUCUCGAUAACCGAAAAUAAUUAGCUUGAUGUCAUAUCUUUUUUCCACAGGUUUAAAAAAGAAACCAAAGUUUAUGAAGGAGUUUACGUGUCGAACUUACGAGAACCUAUCAUCAAAGGCUACCUGAAGGACAUUAAGGCAAACAAACGUCGCUGGUGCGUCUUACAAGGUAACCGCCUCCACAUCUUCAAAACACAAGAUGAUCCAGCGAUGAUGAUUAUCGACCUGCUUGGUUGUGAUAUCGGUGUAGAUGACAAGAAGAAGAUAAGUUACAGCUUUAGGCUGACGCCUAAAGAGGGACCGGGUGUGUCUCUUGCUAUAGAGGACGGCCAAGAUCUAUCCCCGUGGAUGAGUGCAAUCAUGGCCGCUGUCGUGAGACGUGGCAGCGUUGAUCGUCCAAUUAGUCCUCUAGAGAGUGCAUAUUCUUUGGAACAGGCCAGAGCUGAGAAAGCAGCUCGCGGCUUUGAAGUUGAUGGUGGAAUAGAAAUGGAAGAAGCUGAUGUGGAAAAUAUCUAUGAAGAGCCUAUUGAUCAAGACACAGUAAGUUCUGUUCACAAAAUUGUCCUGUUCCUUCUACAGAGAGAAGCAGCGUGUUUGAGUGGCAAGCGUGUCAGACUUGCAAUCCAGCAGUCCCGGGUUUGAGUCCCGCUCUGGGACCCGUUUCUCGAACAUCCCGGUAACUUUUCGGGCCCGAAAUCAAAUAUUCAAAUCGAAAUAUCAAGAAUAAGAGCGCGGGUCCUGGCAGGCAAACUACUCUAUUUUGAUUCAUUAACUGAUAGUUUUAUCAUGUUAGAUGCAAAGCUAUUGAAAUCUCGAUCUUUAAUGUAAACGGAGACAGCAUACCGGGCCCGUUAAUUAUCGGGACUUUCGAGAAACGGGCCCCUGGUCACUUGCUGAAUUUGUUCUCGGUCGUCCCGAGUUGAAAUCCUCGGUUUACGGUCAAGUCGCCCGAAAGUCAUCUCGCCCGACGCAGGAGUCCAUCAAAUUGACAAAUUUUUUGUUGAGUUUUCCUCAUUUUAAUUUUCUACUUAUGAUUUAUUCAAUAAACGCGUUUGUUUGAUACUGUUCGGACAAGCAUUACACUGACCGCUUAAAGCUACGUCACAAGGAUAUUGCUGUUUUAUGUUAAUAGUUAUACUGUGCUGAAGUUAUUAGUUAGUGCCAUUAAGAAAAUGCUCCUCUAAGUUAUGAAACAGUUUGCACUAACCAUAAGUUGGCGUCCAACUUUUUCAGUUUUCAAUUCAUAUUCAUCCUUGCCAUCCAUUGCAACAGACGACAGGAAAAAUGUAAAUAAUUAUUUUUGCAAUUCAGUUAAUGCGAAGACUCGUUUUAGCUUUUAAAAAGAUAGUAUUUAGCCAGUUUAAUUUUUUCGUUUUACUAUGUUUUUAUCAGAGUGGAACAGUUACUCUGGUUGCAUUCAGCACUCUUACAGAAAUCAUUGAAUCUGAUGACGAAGAUGAGGACGAAGGCUACGAUGCUCCCCUCCCACCCCUCCCUAUCAUUGAUGACUACUCAUCUUCAGAAAGCAGUUCAGAUGAAGAUGAAAGCAUAGAGAAGAAAGGACCCAUUGAAAAAGCGGCGGCGAAAAAGAAAAUAUAUGAUGCAAUUCCGGCUGAUCUGCUAGCGGAACUCAGUGGGGUUAAGUACAGUGUAGUCUCUGCAACAAACAAAAGCCAAGAUUCGAUUUGCGAAGAAGCAUCUACUAAUGAACAUUCGCUAGACUUGACAGAUAGUCAUAGUGAACAUAGUGGGAAUAUUAGCAACAGGCACAGCUAUAGCGAGCCUCUAGCCAGCGAUGAUACUGGCAGUUCCGAGCCUAAAGAGGACAAGACAGAUAGUUUUUCGCGGAAGAGAUCAUCUACAACGCUCAGUGCCAGCAUGGACUCGAUCUGCUCGGACACAGACGAAAAAACAAGAAGCCGUUCUCUGACGAGUGUAUCUUCAAAAGUGUUAGGUCCAAAGACUAAAAGACGAAAGCUUGUGCCCGCUGAAGCGGAGCAGCACUUUCUUCAAGAUCCAACUGCUAUGCACAGUGGCAUUUUGUAUCAGAAGCGAAGAUUGGGAGUCUGGUCGAAACGUUACUGUAAGAUCAUCAACAGCAGAUUUAAGUGUUAUCGGUGAGAAAUCAUGUUUUUUUAUAUAUUUUUUUUUUCCGUAGCCUGCGAAUACAGUCGCUUUUCAUUACUAGCCUCAACCUUUUUAGGGAAGUUUCCGCCGAGACAUUUGGGAGCUUUAGCAACGACGACGGCGACGGCAAGCAGGACGUCAGAAAAGCAAUAGGUUUAUUACGCAAAACAACAACUUUGCACGUGCAUCACGCUUUUUUGUACAUUUCUUUACCGUCCUUGCACGACUACGACGUGAAAAUGCCUAAUAGCAAGUUUUAUGGAGGACGUAAACAAGCGACGACGAAUCUCCUUUUCUCUCUCUUAACUUGAGUUCGGUCCUCAAGAAAUCAACUCCAGGGAAAUUCGUCUACACUUGCCAUUUUCAGCAAACUGGAAUAAACGCUACAAAGAUUGAAAUAACGGGAAUUCAUUUUAAAACUGACGUUUUCGCUGCCGUUGCCGUCGUCGAUGCUAAAGCUCCCUAAUUUCCAAUCUCUUAGGGAGCGGUGCGAUAAGUGCUAAAUCGGAAAAUUGCAUAUCCGGCUUGGGAUACUAUUCUCCGAUUUAGCACUACAUAUCUCUUCUAAUCUUACUAUUCUGCGAUUAAGGAAACUUGUACUGAUUGAAGACAACUCUCCGAUUCAACUCCCUAUUUUUCCAAUUCUACCACAGUAUUCUACAACUGUAGUGUGCUUUUGUCCGAUUUCACCCAAAUGGCUAAGUAAUAAGUCUCCGAUUGUACGAUUCUUCAGAUUUUUACCGGGCCGAUUCUACUAUUCCACGACUGUAGUGUGCUAUUGUCCGAUUUUACACAAAUCGUGACAAAUCUCCAAUUGUAUUGUGCGAUUCUCCGAUUUUUUCCUAAAACGCGCUUUUUUCGAUUCAUGACUUAUAGAACGAGGAACAAUACAUGUGAUACGCGCUUGCUUCGUUUUGUGGCUUAAAGAACGAGGAAUGUUUCUGUCGGAGCGUGCUUGUUUCGUUUUAUGGCUUAAAGAACGAGGAAUUAUUACUUUUGGGGCGCGCUUGUUUUGUUUUAUGGCUUUAAGAACGAGGAAUGUUACAUUUGCAGCGCGAAUCGUAAUCGCAAAACAAAGGAAACUGAAAAGAAUUGUAAAAUGGAAACAAUCGAGCAAAAAUCGGAAAAAUCGGGGAAUCGUUAAACGAAACUCGAGAAUGGAAAUAAUCGUAGAAUCGGAACGGAAUUAUGGAUCACAACUCUUAUUCUACUAUUCUCCGAAUUAGUACUUACCACACCCUUCUGGAAAUCUCUCAUAAGGAACUGCUCCAGCGCAGGAAGCGAUGGGCUGUAUUCGCAAGAUACGUUUAGCUUGCCUGCUAAUUAGUAAAGACUAUAUCUUUUAGUAUUUUAGUCAACCAAAUUCCGCUUGUAUAGUUUAGUCGAAUUACUUGAUAUUUACUCAAGAAAAUGUUUUGUUAAUCCAAACCCUCAUAGAGGCGUGAAGUUUUUUCCCCGGCUUAUCCUUACUGUCAUCAUGAUCUUACAGUCAAGACUGAAGUUUAUUAAUGUUAAGUUGCAUUAGUGGCAUUUUUUUUGUCGGCGAUUCCACGUGAAUAGCUUGACACCUUUCUUUCGCUUUCUCGAUAAUUGCGCCACUUGAGAAAGACUCUACAUAAAUCGAGUAAGAUCGUUUUGAGCAUGCGCUACAUGUUGCUAGGAUAUAAUGAACCCGGGCCUUAUAGCCAUGCGCUUGGUACAGCAGACUUGGUUAUGACCAUCGGUUUAUCAAUAAACGGAUGCCCGCAGUCGAAAAACCAGUUUGACGAGAGAGAACUAGAUUGACUAGUCCAGAAGUUUGGGCUGCGGCGACUUCAAAGGUUUGACGUAAUUCGGGGAGAGUCUCCUUUUCUCCUUUUCACUAAACAGGUACGAGAUUUGACUUAAAGUUUUUUCGCAUAAUCUCAAACUAUAGACUUCCCGGAAAGGUUCAUUUUACCAUUUUUUACUAGAAAAGUUAGCACUGUUAUCUUUAGUGAAGGAGGUUACGCGUUCUCCCGAUGGCAAAGUGAUAAAACUUCUAACAUUUGAUAUCUUGUUUUCGCCACCACGACAUUCUCGAGAAAACUCGUAGUAGAAUGACGACGGCUACCACAUUUUCCCGCCAAAAUGAUUCUGGUUCACGCGCGAGCAAUACUCAGUAUUGAGAAAAUCUCGUAUUUGUAGUCGUACUCGUCUUAGAAUCUAAAGCUCUCUAAUGGAGGCUCUACUCGCGGGGUGAUAGCUUGUCUUUUUUUGUUAGAAACCCAACCGACCACAAACCAUCACUAGACUUCCCAAUCCUUGGUUACGACAUCAGUUUAAUGGACAGCAAAGAUUCUAGAAAGAGUUACUGCAUCAAAAUCUCUCAUCCAAGCCAGGAUACUUACUUCUUCGCUACAGACUCCCGUAUCUCGAUCGAGCGGUGGAUAGAAGUGUUGUCCUUGGCUGCUACAGGGAGGUUAGAUGUCAUCGCACCUUAUCCUCCGUACUUCUGUGCCGAGCAGUCUGGAGAUGAGCUGAAGAGCAGAUCGCGGGAGUCGUUGUUAAGCUGUGAGGUAAGACUGGUACUAAUUUAGCUGUGUAGCCGUCGCAUACAGCCGUCUCUCCCCCACCCCCACCUCCAUCGCUGCUGUUCCCUCCCCCCGCGGAGAAAACGGAAGGAGGAAAUGGCUGUACUUUUUGCGGGACAGACGUCUGCGAUUUGGCGCCAAAAAAUUCCAUGCCCUUUCCGUAUACAUCUCAUUGCCAAUAUGGCGUCCAGUUUUAAAGAGGUGACUUGAGGGGCAUGAAAAGACGCUGUAGAAAACCAAAGCACACGAAAGAGCAGAGUGUUUAGAGGUAGAAUGAUUCAACCGGCUCCUUUUUAUCGACAAUUGAGAAAAUUGUAAAUUUUGAAUUUUAAAAAUAGCGUUUAUUUACUCAGAGCUGAUUGGACCCACGGACUGAAGUGAGUCCCAGCGUUGACCGGAAGAGGCAUUUGAAUUAUGCUCCAGUGGCUCCACGAGAGGUCGGAUCAGACUGACAUUAUUUUUUGGAUUUCAACAGUUUUUUAACUUUUGAAGUGAUAUGUUUUGGUCAUUUUCUUACUUAAACAGGAUAGGCUGUCUGAUGAUGAGAGCGCGGACAAUCUGGACGAGAUGGAUGGUGGUGAAAGAGAAAGCACCUUGGGAAGACCAGAGCCAAUGAAUGAAGAACAAAGCGAUUUACCAGCUGAUGAAAAUACUACGAUUCUACCGGAAGAUACAAGGUGUGUGGUUGUGUCCGCAUUGGAUAUUUAGGCUGAUAUGCGUAUUUUGCAGCCAAACGAGCGCUCACUAUUUGUUAUUAGUAGCCGCCAUCUUUGAUUUUGAAACCAGGGGAGACUGGGGAGAGUUGAAAGUGCCAUCUGGAUCCAGGGGGUGGGUGUAAGCUCUUCCACCCUCUCCCUGUCACCUUUGACUCACUUUACACCUUAAGGUGUUUGGGAAACCAACAGUAGGGAUGUAUAUACCAAGCUAGACAAAGUGCUAGCUCACCCCAAGUUAAGACCUACAUUGCAGGCUGUUGUAACAAUUAAGGUUUCUGGUAAACUGCCCACCUACCCCUCCCUAAGCCAACAUUAACAAUUACUUCUCACUUAGGGCAAAAUGUUGGCUCAGGGGAGGGGUAGGUGGGCAGUUUCUCUAGAAACCUACCGUAUUUAUUCGAAUAACCGUCCUGGGCGCUUAUUAAAUUUUUGGACCUUGAGAGUGGGCGCUUAUUAGAGGUGGGCGCUUAUUAAAUUUACACAAUUUAAAAAAGGGUAGUACCGUAUUUAUUCGAAUAAGCGCCCAACCUCGAAUAAGCGCCCACCUCAAUUAAGAGCCCACUCUCAAGAUCCAAAAAUUUAAUAAGCGCCCAGGGCGGUUAAUCGAAUAAAUACGGUAUGUUUAUUUUGCAACAAAACAAUAAAUGGUAAUAACAAAACUCGAAGAUGUUACAAAGCAAGGUUUCGGUCAAAUACUCUGAAGAAAACUCCGUUUCCGGGGAAGUCUCUUAUUUGCACGUAUUCAAUUUUCUUCCGUUGGGGGGUGAAAGGGGGUGGGGUGGGGAUGGGCGCUUAUUCGAGGCUGGGCGCUAAUUCGAGAUUGGGCGCUUAUUCGAAUAAAUACGGUAAAUUGAUCAGAUGCAAAUGCACUGAUCAUCAUCACGUUACUCCUUUGCUAAGAGAACUCCACUGGCUACCAGUGCGCUUGCGCGUAGAUUUUAAGAUUCUCCUUGUUACAUUUAAGAUUCUUCACGGAGUUGCGCCUAGCUAUCUUAAGGAUCUUGUCUCUGUCUUACCGGUCUCACUUUACCAACUACGCCGUAACAAUAAUGGUAUAUUGUUAGAAAGACCUCGGCUAAGAACGAAGAAGACCUUGGGAGAUCGCGCGUUAUCGAUGGCUGCCCCCUUUUUAUGGAACAGUCUUCCUCUGCCAAUUUAUUGUAAUAUUGUAAUUUUACCGGGUGAUUUUACUGGUUUUAAUUUAGUUAUUGAUAAUAUUGUAAUGCGCUUUUGAGUAUUUUUAUAGAAAAAGCGCAAUAUAAGUAUUGAAUAUUAUUAUUAUUAUUAUCUUUAACUACGAAAAUCUUCUCUACGUUUUUUUCUUCAUUCCGCGGUUCAAAUAUAUGUAUUUCAUAUAUUCAUCAUCGCACUGUUCUUUGUUGGUCGAAAUCAUGCGGCAUUAUUUAGCACAAAAUGCAAAAUGUCGGCGGGGAUUUUUAGAAAGCGCAAACGUUGGAGGCAGCAAGUUAUGAUAUUUCUACCCUAAAAGCAACAUUAAUACGGCCAAACAAGCCUUAUUCAACUUUAACUUAUGCGUCGAGUCAUAAAGUCCAACUGGACGGGACGGGAGGUGUAACACUUUGACGAAGGAAGGGGAGGGCUAACACUUUGACGAUUUUAAUGUCAGGAAAUUGGAACAUUUCACUGAGUUGCAAACUCAGACGGCAGAGCCUGAGGAAGAUCACUCCACUGAAGUUCAGCAGUCUGCAGAGGAAGGAGUCAGGGAGAGAGUGCAGAAGAAAAGAAAAGAAAAACCAAGCGAUAAGGAUGGAACAAGUAAGUACAGCAUGCUCUGGAUUCCAAAAUAAUUACUAAAGUAAUUUAAAACUAUUAUUCCAUGGGUGCGCGUUGGAUAUGAGAUGGUAGAUAGCGCGCUGAGUGGGCUAUCUACCAUCUCAUAUCCAACAAGUGCUGGUGGAAUAAUUGUUUUAUUGAAAAAGCCCACCCCACAAAAUAUCAAGAAUUCUUUUCGACUUCAUUCAUAAAACAACCGAUUUCAGCUUGUUUUUAAUUUCGAGCAUGCGCUUACAGUUAGCAUAUUUGGUAAUGGCUCAUAAAUCAUGAUGGCUAAGCCAAUCAGAGCUCUAGAAUUGCAUUAUCCAAUGAUACAGUUUUUGAUAAUUAAAUUUAGAUGGGCGACACGUACUUGAUUCUGCUGGAAGCUUUCGUAAGCGAGCACCCCUGGGACGCGAGAAAGGGGUCCUUCAUUGGAGCUGGCCGGUUACUGGAAUGGUUCUCGUAAGUGGCCACGAGAGGUGUAGGGGUUGAAUGGCCGCUUACAGGAGCUUGCCCAACUACAAAUAAAAAUUGUAAACGCAAAAAAAAACUGCCUGUUAGUGUUUGGCUAUACCGUUGUUCUGUCCAUGUUGUAAUUGAGUCACAAGCAUAAAUUUCGCCUGGUGUUUUGAAGAGUAACCGGACGUGUAUGUGAACUGAUGUAAAUUCCUUGUGACGAACAGCGACGUGAAGUUGAUACAUAAAAAUACAAGAUUUAGAGGCAAAUAAGAUUUCUUUUCAGGUGUCCUCUUGCGGGAGCUUAAUAAAAACAAAGCUAAACUCUAACUCGCAAAACCUUAAAGUGUCCGCGGCCGUCUACGGGAAUUGUCCGCUUACGAGAAUGUAAAAAUACAGAGUUUGUAUGGGAGUUGACUGAAACAGGGUUUUGUGAACGCGGCCGUAAGUAGAGUUGUUCGAGAGUUUUACGAGAGUGUCCGUUAAGAGAGUUUCCACUCUAUUGCAACCAAAUGAAGUUCUUAACAAGAAUUCUGAGCGUGAGUGGCGAGAGUACUCCCUCCCCUCUCCCCAUCUGUUUACAGUUACGCUAAGAAAACCAAGCAAAUUUCCAAAAUCAGAAUAACGUUCUCUUUGAAAUUGCCGCAGGUCUACCUUAUAGGCGAGUCUUUGUUGACAAUUCUUGCUUUAUUUACUUACGUUUUUCAAUUCUCUGAUCAAGCUAUUAAGUUGCAUCUCUGAAUAUUACCGGAGCAUAACCAUGUUAUUUAUCUCUGAAAAUUGGAGCCCAAAAUACCGAACAGUUUCGGAGAAGUUUUCUUUUUAAAACUCUAAAUCAGAUUAGAAAGAAUGUAUGGGCUCAUUAACCUUUAUUGCCAUCCAGAAAUUUCACAGUCUUCGAUGGUUGCUAUACUAUGUUUUUUGAGAGAGAGUUGACUGGAUUUCAAACUCAACGAAGCAAAGUUGUUCCGUGACUGAUGGAAAACAAUUAAUUUUCUGCGGUUUCUGCCGUGUUGAUGUCUUGUAUAAUUAACGCAAAGAACGUUCCAUACAUAUUUGUGGUGUUUGUAACGGUGCUUUCCGAAAUCUAGAACUUUCCCGGCAACUCAAGCGAUCAUGAUGAAAAUUACAAAGGCUUAUUCCGAGAGUGCAUGAUCAAGAAAGAAACCCAUCACUUUCUUGCAAACUGAUUUACCAAUUAGUCUACGAGUCGAGUUUUAUAUGAGUCAAACAGUCAACGAGACGUGACGCGUUGACUCUUUUAAGGGGCUGUGUCGCGUUAAUCCCGGUUCAGACGCCGCUCCCCUAUGUGCCAAACCUAACUGAUGGAUUAAGUACGGCAAACGAGCGGCGUCUGAGUCAAUUUGGUACGGGGCAGUUUUAGUUAGGCGCGACAAAAGUUCGACAGAGUCUUUCUAACUUUUGUCGACCUUAACUUAGGCUCGACACACAGUACACCGUCUCAAUCUGUUAGGUUCGGCACGUGAAAAGUACGGAGUCUGAACCAGGCCUUAUAUUUGCUAUCUUUUCAAAAAGCUAAGACUUGCCUUCGCAUAAAGUGAAUUCCAAAAACAAUGGCCCAGUUUUGUAAUUUAAGGCUACAGUUAGGCAUUGAAACUAUUUCCUGUCUUCUGUUGCUCCGGAUGGCAAGGGUGGACAUGGAGUGAAGCUUGAAAAAAUGCUAUGCUUCCAAAAAUCACAAAAAAUGAUUAUGCUUAGUGUUCCCUGAUGAAAUUUGGUUGAUAUUUUAUUUGGAACUCUACACAUAGGUCCGGGGGGGGACUCCGCAUAUUAAAGGGUGGGGAUGCUCGUCGGAAAUUUUGAAUUAAACCCCUAAAGGAGACCUGGGCGUGGCCCAAGCUUUGUUUGACUCCUAAAAGAGACCAAAAAAAUAUACAUAUCAAAUAUGUCUUUUUAUAUUUUUUCGAGUGCAACCCUAAACGAGACCUUCACGGCUAAAUAUGAUGGCGUUUUGCCCAGAACACCCUAAGUGAGACCAAAGCCCGAAAUUUAAACCCUAAAGCGAGACGACGAGCAUCGCCCCCCCUUCCAUAUGCCGAGCCCCCGCCCCCCCCCCCCCGGGCACAGAGGUGCCCCAAGCUCACGAAUGAGAAUCGUUGUUGCGUAACAGAAAUAUUAUAAGGGUUUGUAUGGGGAUUUAAGCGAUCGUUAUUAAGGGGUCAAAAAUAGUAAUAAAAAUACAUCAGAAUUUCUUACCUUGUCUCCUUGUUUAAAUUUAUGGUAUUUUUUCAGCAUUUUUAGACCGUUUCAGGGCGAUUCCAGCGAAUUUUAGUUCUGCCGUUGUUUUGGAAUUAUUUAUACAACGAACAACGGUAGAACUAAAACUUGCUGGAAUCGCCCAAAAAUGAAGAAAACAGCAUGAAUUUAGACAAGGUAAAAAAUUCUGGUGUAUUUUGAUUACUAUUUUUGACCCAUAAAUAAUGAUCACUUUAAUCUCCAUACAAACUCUUGUAAUAUUUAUGUUACGCAACAACGAUUCUCACUCGUGAGCUUGGGGUACCCGUGCUCUACAGGAGCAUUUUGUGAAUGUUUAAAAGCACUAAGUAACGACUUCAGCACAGAAUUGGCCUGAAACAGCGAUAUCCUCGUGACUAUCCCCUUUAAAAAGAGAACAACUAGGGUGUGACUAAAAAAUUUUGUAUUAGAGUGUGGUCACUUACGGAAGGUUCGCCCUUGUCUUUUUCUUCUUGCCCCUGCAGAAACGCCAUCUACAAUGAGCCCGCCCCACAGCAUGUUUAUCAGUGAGGCUGUUGAUGGGCAGGCUAAACCUGAACCAAUGAUUGAAGAUUCCAUGUCGCAACCUCCAGGCAACGCGAAGGUCAGUCAAUGCUUUUAGUUCUAUCUUACACAUACUUGAAUUUAAGUCUACUUCUGCAGUCAAUCUCUAUUAACCCCGAAGAGUGAUCAUCCUCAAAUUUGUCCUCGUAAUAUGUAUUGUUUACGAAACACAUCGGUGUUGAAAAUCAAGGACAUAAUUGCACCCAAUGAUUCUAAUGGAUACUUCAACAAAUUCUCCCCAGUAAUUCUGUAGGAAACGUAUUGGGACAACAAAUGAGAAUCUGAAUUUUGAUGUUAUUGUGUAAUUUAAAAGGGGUUAAAGGCCUUCUUUCCUUUGGAGAGGCUGGGCAAGUUCAUUAAGAGGAAGAUAAAGCAGUUGAAAAAGGAUCCUUUUAGAGAAAUCAUGCGCUGUGCCAUCACUAACCGAAAGGUGUUGUGUGGUGUUUUGUUUUGUUUUCGUAAUUGUUCUGUUUCUUAAUACAUCCUUGCAAUAAAUCAACUAGACGCAUUUUAUUAGUACCAUAUUUUGAAUUUUUUUUCGAGACAGCACGGUAGCAGCCACCAAACGUAUAAUUUUCACAACCACUGGUUUUUGCAAAACUUUUUCAUUUAGAUGUUAUAGGCAAUUCCUAAACGUUUUUUAUUUAAGAUUUUUCACCCUCGUCGCAUAUAAGUUGGACCUUUAUUGCCGGGUUUUAAUUAGUUAUAUCCCCAUUUGUAUUUUUACAGGAAAGCGCUGAGGAUUCGACAGCAAAAAAGGACAGGCGUUGGACAGAGAAUCUGAAAAAGAAGAAGUUAACACGCGGCCAUUCCUACGAUUACAGAUUACGGGGAAAUAUCGCUGCUGCCGCCCCUCCGGAGAACGCUAAAAACAAACAUUUCAGUAUGAGAAGAAAAAAUUCACAAACUUUCAGUUCUUUGUUGAAAUUAUUUGACAAAGGUCGCUUUUGUGGGUAUCUCACGGAAGUGAGGCACAACAAGUUUGGUACAACUCAUCUACGAAGAUGGUGCGCAGUAAAGAACGGUGUUUUGAUUAUGUACAACAGCGAGAGUGAAGAGACGCCUCAAGGAAAGCUCUCGCUUGUUGACAUGUGGCUAACGGAUAAAAGCGACGAGAGCCGAAACAAGUUCGCCUUUUCGUUGGAAGACAAAGACGGUAACGCCACCGUGUUGCAAACGACGGUACGAGACGAUUACUUAAAAUGGAUGGGAGUACUGGAGUUGUUCACUGAAGUGCGGGUUGAACGACCUACGCAAGAAGUCGCAGAACCGCUUAGAAAAACAGAUUCUGUGACAAGCGAGGAAAGCGAUGGGUCGUUCGAACGAGGAACGCUAAAAUCGAAAAGUAUGCGGGCUGCAAAUAAACUCAUCGACGAGAUAUACGCGCUUGCGCCCGGGAAAGUACGAUCCUCUUUGAGGCUGAAGUUGCCACAGAGAGUAAAUGUACGGGAUAUAUUUCGAAAAACGCACAGUUCGUACGAUUUAGAAGGUGCAUCGACUGAAGGACCAUCCUCGUCGCUGCCGGACACAGAAAUUGAUACUUUAGCAGUGUUCGGUGGAUUCUUGACUCAGAUAGAACCAGAUGUUUCCGAUUCUCACACCGGAAACUCACGGUGGUGUACAAUCAAAGAAAAAGAACUGUUAGUUUUUCUCAACCGCAAAGCUACCGAUCCGGUUCAAAAAAUACCUCUGAUGAACUCGUUUGUUAGUGAUUUGAGCGAGGAUGAAGAUAACUUGAACAGAUUCCAAAUUCGUUGUGGCAAGUUGAGCAUCGUGUUCGAGGCAUGGGAUAAAUUUGAUCUCAAUCGCUGGCUUCAAAUGCUGGCUUCGGUGACUGAGCAUCGUAACUCGAGCGAUGACGAACGGCCGAAGUGUGUUGGUCGGCUGACUUCGCCGACUUUCGCGAGGAAGAAAAUCCACCGUCGAACUAAGAGCGAGGAUAUACAAGAGGAUGAGAAAGACGCUACGACAACUGCACGGCGGUACACGAAACCAAAAGAUGGAUCCACGAGUUCUGUCGACAGGCUAAUGAGCGGGUAUUUACAGGAGGUGCGCGAAGCACACGGAGCUCGCACUCUUCUGCGACGCUGGUGCGUGGCAACCAGUGAGAAAUUCAUCGUUUAUGAUAAUCAAAACUCGAAGAAGGCUUCGUUUGAGUGGGAUCUGUCAGAUAUGGAACUCCAGGAUCAGAGCGAUUUGGACGCUGGAGUGUUUGGUUUCUGUGUAAUUCUCGGUGAAAAGAAACUUUGUUUUAAAGUCAUCGACGAAGACUCAGCUCGCCAUUGGUUGAGUGUUUUAGCGCGAUAUUGUCAAACUGUUCCUGCGAACCAACCUAUAAUUAAAUCUCCAAGAAAGUGGAAGUCGGUUGAUAAAGAAGACAGAAGGCGUUCCUCCAGCGAUAACGAUUUAAAAACUGCAAAGAAAACCGAGAAAGAAUCCAAUGUUCUUGAAGUUCUAAGUGAAGGCAGGGCGGGCGGGCGAAAGCUAGUACGAAGAGCAACCGAAGAUUCUUCGUUCCUGCGCAAAUUUCAUCGCUCGGAGACGUUCAAAGCGCCGUGGCGGGCGUCCUCGGAGAAAAUAGAGGUGAAGAUGCGAGAGAGACCGGGACGGGCCGCUGCGAACAAGGCCUGGAAACGAUACUCUUGUGGUAGUCUUUUUGACAGCGAAGGAAAAUACAGCGGCUAUCUGAUGGAGAUUGUCACCAGUGACCUGUACAGUAGUCAAGUGCGACGAUGGUGUUUACAGAAAGACGAUUAUCUGUUCGUGUACGACAACGAAGCUACGGAGCACGCCAUCAAAGUGAUUCCUCUGUUUGAUGCCAAAGUAGUGGACGCCAGUAACUAUGACGCCUGUGUUUAUCGAUUUAGAAUCGAUUAUGGUGAGAGUAAGUCUGUGUUUUUUCGGGCGCUUACACGAAGUGAUUUGGAGAAAUGGACGACCAUCAUCUCAGUGAAAACCGCUGUGUUGCAAGACCGUAGUGAGCGGCGGCUCAGGCGUAGCCGAACCUUGAGCCUGGAGAUCAGUUCUCAUGAUGUAACAGGUAGCGUAACGAUAGUACGAUUUCAAAUUCCGUAAAUCGUUUCUUUUCGGUGAAGAAAUUUGACCUCCUCAAUCAAGCCCCUACUCAAUAAAUCCUAAUUCGAAAUAGCGCUCCUGGGACUUUGUAGAGGGUCUACAAAAAUUCGCCUUUAGUUCGUUUUCAUUCACGUGUUCAUCAGCUAUGCCAAUUUGCUGGAACAAAAAGGUUUAACAUAGGGAAAGACUUUAAUCCACACAGGAUUUCUUUGGGACCAAUGUGGGGCUUAAGCAAAGACGUUUUUGAGUACGCACGUCAAGCGGAAGUGGUCUUUUUCCAUUCCUGGGCCUUGGUUUUGCCCAAUUUUUCGGUUAAAUCACUUGUUUAAGAGAAAAGACAUUUAGCAAUACAAAUUUGGUAACGUUAGGGCAAAAUUUAAUUGGGAUCGCCUCACUUCCAAUUUACAUACGUCACUCAAAAAUUCCUUUGCUUAAGCGCCCUAUUAUGGCCGCUGUGACGUCACGUGAGCAUGAUCACUGAGGUAUCACAUUUUUUUGUGACUGAAGGUCUGUCUAGGGUUACAGGGAACCAAAUAAGCCAAGCUAUUUUGUGAAAGCAACUCCGGAGGAUGACAUUUUGUAUCAAGGGGUUUUCAUCUAUUUUUUUGUUCUAUGUGUUUUGCAGUAUCCAGUGAAAGUGACGUAACCUCUCCAGAUCUUCAAAAUCCCAAGAAUCUAACCAUGGACUCCCCCUCUUUACAAGAAACAGCGUCUCUCUGGUCUUCAGACAGCGUAUUUAUGCGAGGAAUCAGUUCAGAGGAAGGCGCCAGAACUUCUGUUUCAUCAGACUUAAAGCCAGUUGAUCCAAUAGAUAAAUCCAGUUUCUCCGGUUUUGAACAAAAAGACGAGCAUUCGACGUCUGUCCAUUUCGAAGAUAAAGCCGGUUUAUCAGGCUCAAAUCCACCUGGUCCAGUGGAUGAAUCCAGUUUCUCUUCUUUAGAUCUGAAAGAUGAAAAUUCGGCUCCGGUCUUUCUCGAAGAUGACUCUGGUUUCUCGAACGUAAAACCAGUUGACGAAGAUGAAUUGAGUUCAUCUGCUUUGGAACCGAGUCACGAUCAUUCGGCUCCUGUUCAUCUCGAAGGUGACUUCAGAGACCGAACGUUCUCGGAAACGGGAAAUUCGGAUAGCAAUUUUAAACGGGUGAAUAGACUUUCGAGCAUCGAGGACUUGAGUCACAUUUACGAGAAUUUCCUUGCAUUUGCAUCAACGAUGGCUGAAAGGAGCCCUGAGUUUCAACAACAACUCUAUCAUGUUUACGAGAAUGUCACACAGGCGUUUGACUUUCGAUCUCAAGAUAGCUUGCAUAAGAAAGAAGAUCUUGUGGAGGAAAAGGCCAGCUGUUCAGUCGCUCAAGAGACCAAUGUGGAAAAGGAACUUGGAAGCCCUUCGAUGGAGAUGUCCUCGGAAUUUGAGAAAAUCAGUUUGCGGGACAGAGAACGUAAGGAUAAUGAGUAUAUGUACAGACCGUACUCAGGAAUCUGUGGUGAAUCGGAACUUGAGAAGCUGGCAGAAAGUUUAGGCGAAGAGGACGAGAAUGAAAUUAAUACUUUGGCUGAAAACAAAAAUGAAAACAGCACUGAAGUUGACCUGCGUGGAGGCAGACUUGCAGGCGAGACUGAUGAUGUAAAAUCCACAAAUGAAUCACAAUCAGAUGAAGUCGUUUGUAGUACAUACGCCAAUGUUGUCGAGUCAAGUGGCCAAACACUACUAACAGAUGAAAACGCUGAAGAGAAGCACGCAGAUGAUAAUAACACGGUUCAAAGCGCACCCACUUUGCUUCACGCCGACUGUGUGAGUGCCGUUGAAACCGGUUCCAGCUCAUUUUAUCUCGUUCAAGAAGUAAACGAGCAGAUUUGGAGUGAAGUAGGAAGCAGAGUCACUAGUGAAUCCGUUGUCGAGACCAGCAUGCAGAUCUCAGCUACCGCUGAGUCGGCUACUGAUCGGGAGACUUCGGCUUCACUCGUCGGCGAGUCUCCUGUGGAGAAUGUUGCCGAGGAAGUAGCUGAGAGGGUUGUUGUUACCCAAGGACCCAUUGACGAUUCCCAAGAUAAUGAAGAGAAUUUCAGUGCUCCUGAGAAGAAGGACUCAAUGGAAGAGACUGCUUUUAGUGAUAUCCAACAUCUAAGCAAAGAUACUGCGUUGUCAGAAGAAAACCGUUUUACAAUCAGAACCAAUGAAAUAGAAGAAUCUUCGUUGCAAUUAUCUUGCUUUAAAAACAAUGACAGCGAUUCUGAUGUAAUCAAGGAGGCUCAAACUAGUGACCUCACCCCCUCAUCUGGCAAUAGUUCUCCAAAAUGCGGAUCAAUUCAAAAUGUUUUCAUUGCCGGUUCGUUUGUCACAUCAACACCGCUUGAAUCUAAAUGUUCCAUGGAAGUGCACUCUAAACAGAAUAUUUUGUCAACAGUCUGUGCUUGUGAACAAGCGCAGUCGUGGGAUGAAGCUACGCUGCAAGUGGAGGAAAUCGCGUCCGUCCCAAGGCAAGAUCCAGGGCUUGAAAUUGCCUCGACUUCUGCCUGUGAUAAUCGCGAUACUCUCGUCACCGAAAUAUCUAACGAACCCAAACGGAAAGAAACUGUUCAGGACACACCACAAUUAAGGCAUCCUUCUUCCCAAAGUAAUGGGGAAAGUUCCAAUCAAGAAACCGUGAUUUGUGAUACAGAAACUACAAACCAAGCGAAAAACACAACGGAUAAAACCUAUAGAGGAGACUCGUGUGAACAGUCUGAUAAAAUGCCAUCCGACUUGGCUAGGUCCUGUGUCUCCGAUUCCACCACUUACUUGGACUCAUCAAGUGACUUUCGACAAAACGUUGAUGUUCCAAAAAAGUCUCCAGAACGGGACACGGAUUGUUCUACUAAGUCUUCGUCAGACGAGGAGUUUACCACGCCAGAGGAUACGAUAGACUUUUCUGGGAGAAACAAUGAGGAUGACUGGACAAGUAUAACUCAAGAUAGCCGCGGGACAACUUCAACCGAACCCGUGGAGUCAAUCGGGACCAAUCGGGAUCAUUCGAGUAAGUCUUCAGAAGGACCAUGCGAUGGCCACCUCCUCCCUGCCGCAGAUCCAGAAUCAGACAGUAAGACCUCUCUAAGCGUCCCCUCGGACAGUUGCAAAGUCAACGCAAGCUUGGAGGACAAGCAGGAAUUGACAAGAAGUCAGAUGGAUAUCUUAAAAGCUGUAACAGCUGCGUUUGAGGAAAUUCUUGAACUUCAUGGCGACGAAAACGAUUCAGACGAUACCAAACUAUGAAAGGCUUGUACCACCUUAGAAUACUAUUAAUGAGCUCUUUGCAGCUAAACAGUCACGUGGUGCAAAAAAACGUCGUGGGGAGAAAACGACGCGGUAGGACCUUUAAAAGAAGGAAAGUUUGCUUUUUAAAUGAUUUAAGCUCUUUGUUUUCCUUCCCGCUCUUCAGGUGCUUUUGGUCCAUUUGACUGUUUAGCGGCAAAGGGGCUCAGUUUAUAAUAUACACUGGAUCGCAAUUCACCGCUUUAGAAUCAUUAAAGGGACUGGUUCCGAAAUGUGGCCCCGCAAGUGUUUCUGGGAUGGUUACUGGGGACGCGUUGGUCAGCUAUUGGCCAGUUCUUCCCCUUGCGUAAGUUAACUAGACCCAGUUUCCUUCUCGGAUCUAAAGUUGCGAAUGAUGUUGUCGCCUAUAAAGGCGAUGAGAUGAGACCGAAGGGCUUUAUGGGAAGUACUCAUGCAUUCAUGCAUUUGCAUUAUCGUAUUUAAUAGUCGGACAUUGACGAGCUGUUUGGCCUCGUUAUUUCUUCGUUUACAGCGUCGUUUGUUGUUUUUCUCCGCGUUCUGUGGAGAGAACUUUUAGAAAACAUGCACACAGGUUAGUUAUUGCUAAGAACCUAUCUUCAACGAAAGCCUCUUUAGAACUUGUGGUAAUUUAUCCCUCCCGCGAUUUUUGCCAGAAAGGACAAUCGAAUUUGCAAUGCUAGCAAACCUAUAUCCAUAAAUCCAUCAGGUCUCAUCGGUUUAGGCUUAUGCUUUUCAUGUGACAAAGACUUUCUAGACGAGUGCAGAGAAAGUCCAAAUCCGCCUUUACGCGUCAAAGAUAAAAGUUGACAGAGUUUGGUCAUACCGAAUGGUAGUAAGCGUUUUCAAAUCGAAAAACUCAACCUUUUUUCCAGUCGUUAGUUGAAUGCUUUCUUAGAAAAAUACUUCUCCGCGUCGUUUAUUUGAAUUUUCACCGUUGUCAACUUCAUCCACAGACUUGAAUUAAAAUUAUCAAUCCAGCAUGAUAAACUCUGCAAAGAAAACAAAUUACUGCGGAGUAGCUUUCCUGCGUGGAAUGUGAGUCACACUUUAGGAUUUCACUAACACUCAAAAAGUCGCUACAACCUUGUACAGCACAGUAACCAAAACGACGCGGAAGAAGCGGUCAGUAGCUUCCACUGGAUCGUUCGCUGCCAUUCAAAGAUUCAAAAUCACCUGCGCAACUCGAAAUUACAUCCGGAAAUAUAAGGGAUACGUUCUUAGUCAAUUAAGAUACUAUUUGCUUGCUUUAAAAAGACUUUGAAGUAUUGUUGGCUUGUUGCCCUCCUUCACGUCAUGUGUGCUUCUUAAGAGAAUCUUUGCUUGUCUUUACUGGCCAUUUUGAAUUACGUUUGGAACGGGGUUGGUGUUUCGUUUCGAAUUGAACUAUGAGACUAAUUUUGGGUGCGGUUUUCUGAACACCAAGUAGACGGCUCGUACGCGUUAUGUAAAAACGUGAAAGGUCAUGAAAUUUAAGAAUUUCACUUUCCAGGCCUGAACAGCAGUGGAAAUUAAGUUUCGGUUAUGGAGAAGAGAAGUUACCUUUGACCUUUAGAUGUCAAACUAAGGUGGAAACAAGUAAUAAGCCAUUCCCGAGUUGCCCAAAGCCUCUGUUCGAAAGCGAGGCUAAGUGCGAAGUCAUUGUUAUGAAAACUUUUUUUCACAAAAAAGGUUUUGCACUAAGACUCGUUUUCGAAGUGAGAGUUUUUGGAACUCAUAAAUGGCUUAUUAAUAGCGUGAACGGCAUGCAUUUUGGUGGACACCAGAGUAUUUGUCUGUUUGUGUCUGAGUUAAAUACACAAAUCAACAAAAACAAGAAUGGUUUUGAACAUUUUCGAAAGUGACCGCUUAACCUAAGGUCAUGGAAAACUGGAAAAGUUCAUGGAAAAAGUCAUGGAACUUGAAGAGCCCAAACGAAUAUCAACCCUUGCGAAAUAAGCACCAAAAAAGGCGAUAGCGUCCCCAAAAAGAUCCCAUGGUGCUAUUCGAAACAACACCGACCUGUGUCUGACUCGUUUGUUCGAAAAAGGCCAAUAAAUGAAUGCAUCUAUAAGUGAAUUUGAUUACUUUUGAAAGAAAAACAGUUCUUUAGACUUACACCAUGUAUUCUGAAUAGGACAGCAAGCAAACCAAAGGUCUAUUGUUCAUGAUGCAAACAACAUUUUUUUUCGUAAUACGUAAGAUGAAUUUGUACGCCUUUCCCUCACACAGUUCCCCUCGAAAUGUGGGGUGGGGAUCGUUGUAUAUAAACAGCAUUUGCAUUAUUCUUUCGCAUUUGCUCUAGCGGUUUACCUUCAAGUCUCACAAUCACUUGAAAAACGGGUCCUAGGUGUGAUUGUGACACUCGGAUAGUCCGUGCUCCCAUGGUUAGGGAAAUGUUGUCUUACGCUAAACUUAAUAAGUGCAAACGAGCUUUUGGAAUUAUAGGAUUGUUACACAUUAUUGCCAUAUAGUACAUAUUAUUCAAUUCUACGCUUCAAGGGCUGAUUUAAAGUUAUCAUAUUUUGCCACAUUUGAUCAAACACGCUACUUUAUGGGCAACUACGUUGGUCACAUAAAAUUUGGGGUGAUUUGUUCAUGAGCAAACAAAAACUGUUAAUCAAAUUUAACGUCACGGUAGUGGCUGAAAAUGAAGGCUGGUGAGGGUCUUGUAAAUAUUCAAGACGUUUAUCGAUUUGAAAAGUAGUUGACUAUUGUUUAAUGGGUAUUUAUAAGCUCUUUGAGGCCUCCCUUGUAGCCACAGUCAACUAAAGUCUGGUUAAAAGGCCACUUGAUAUAGUUAAGUUAGGUACUCGAGCAUAUAUUUUCUUUACCAAAGGAUAUACGCCGCAAUCUAAUUUUGAAAUGAAAUUGUCACGCGUCAUAAUUCGUUACGCAAGUGUGACUGAAUCGUUAUACUUGUGAAGUGAUUGUUGAACAUAAUAUGAAAAUGACUACUUGGAUCAAUGUUUAAGUUAAAAAUUUAUGGAAAAAAUUGCUGCUAAUUAGGAAUAUGGGAAAAGUGGCGAUGUAUGGCCACUAUCGUUCGAAACUUGAAAAAAAAAUUAUAUUAAGAAACGUAUUAAUUUAAUUUAAGAGAGUAUAGUCUAGUUUAUUUAAGAGUUAAAGUACGAGUGCCUCCGAACACGUCAGGAAGGCACGCAUACUUUCAUCGUUGGAAUGUACGUUAAAAGAUCUACAGGUUUCUCGUUCAUCCUUGUUUGAACAUUUAAUCGCAACGAGUAAACUAUUCUCGUAUCAGGCAUCUUCAAUCGCUUUGGUCACUGGUUCUUUCAUGCAAAUUUGUAACCAUGACAACCCGCUGAUGUAAUAUAACGCUGUACAGUUACAAUUUGUUUGAAAUUAUUUCAUAGUAACAUUACCUGGAUGUCCAUCACAGACAAUAAAAGAUAGAAAUGAAUGAUUGUGUGGCUGAAUUAUCUACUGAUUUAAUUACU